GUAGGUAUGCUGUCGUCGGUGCAGAAGGAGCGAGCUCUCGUGUGGCGCGGUCCUUAGCCCCUCCCCUUCUGCUGCUCAAAACUUGGGCUGAGUUCACCGAUGAGGCGCUUUUGUCUCGGGGUCAGCACACGCAGCAGUUCGGCUCUCCGUGGGACAUUCGUACGCAUUCCUUUACGCGGAGGUUUCGGCGAGGCUAAAAGCGCUUGACGGAUUUUCAGCUAGACGCUUGAGAAGUGGUACAAGUCCACUACUUUGGACAGCAGUGCACACGGACAGCUUGAGGGACGUGACUUAUUGCGGUGCGCACUCCGCUUGGAUUACGCGCUGGACCGGUAGAGAUCCAUGAAGACGCUACCGACCCUACCUCUCUGGCCGCUACGAUAGACGUCCAGACUUCACUCGGAGGGAGUUGGUGAGGAGACGCCUCAUCCUGAUUGGGCUGAGCGGGGGGAAGGAGAGAGAGAGACACACUGCCAAGAUGAAGGUCCUCCUCACUCCGCUGACUCCCCUGUUCCACCUUCUGCUUCUUCUCCUCCUACCGGACGCUGCCUUGCCAAGCGACUGCCCGAAGGACUGCUCCUGCUCCACUCUGGAGUCCAUCUUCUGCUUCCAGCGGCAUUCACCCACCAUCCCUCAGGGGGUCCCCCCGGCCACGCAGAACCUCUACCUCUUCUCCAACGGCAUCGAGGGACUAACCGAGGAGGACUUUGACGGCCUGGAGAGCCUUGAGAUGCUGGACCUCAGUCAGAACAAGCUGACGGCGCUUCCCGAUAGGGUGUUCCAGCCCUUGAUCUCCCUGAGGAACCUGGACCUGAACUCCAACCAGAUCACGUACAUCUCCGAACACUGCUUCCACGGCAUGCCUCUUCUGGAGCGGCUCUACUUGUACAGCAACCACAUCAAGACCAUCCACCCGGCGGCCUUUAGUGGCUUGGAGCAGCUGAUAGAGCUCAAGCUACAGGGAAACCAGCUUACUACACUGCCGGCGCUGUCCUUACCCAGGCUGAGGCUGCUGGACCUCCGCUAUAAUGUGUUCCCGAUUCUCGGUCCGGAAGACCUCAAGACCCCGAACCUCGAGUCCCUGAGGUUGGCGGGAGUCGGGCUCACCCACCUCGAUGAUGAGCUCAUGGCCAGUCUGGGUAAUCUCCAUGAUCUGGACAUAUCAGAGAAUCAACUGGAGGUGUUCCCUCCGGCGCUGAAGGAAGCAAGAGGGCUGAUCCACCUCAGCCUCGGAGGGAACCCCAUGGGACCCCUGGAUGUAAAGGAUCUGCAGAAUCUGGGGGAUCUUCACGAGUUGGACAUCAGCAGCCUGAGUUUACAGGGUCUCCCCGAGGAAUUCCCGAAGCUUUUCCCCCACUUGGAGAAACUAAAAGUAGCAGAGAAUCCCUUCAACUGCCUGUGCAACCUUGCAUGGUUUCCAAACUGGCUGAAGACCAAGGGAAUUACCCUGCACAGAACCGAGGAGACCCGCUGCCACUUCCCCCCGAUAAAUGCUGGGAAGGUUCUGCAGAGGAUGGAGCACAGUGAGUUUGGUUGCCCUAUUACGACCAGAGUGACCACCACCACGGUCAAGACCACCACCACCGCAGCUGACCCUGUGACCCUCCCCCUAAGUACAUCUGAGGCUUUUCUCGAUCCGAUGCCCAGCGACUACUCCUUGGACCCGGAAGACGACAAUUCUUUGCCACCCGUCCAUGCCAGCCCCAGCAGCAGCAGCGGCAUUGACAAUGAGAUGCAGCCGACUUCGUGCCAUCCCAACGCCUGCUCUAACGGUGGACUGUGUCGGCUGGACCGACGCGGCCAGGUAGCAUGCGCCUGUCAACCCGGCACCUCGGGCGUCUACUGCGAGAUCCCCCGUCAUCAUUCACCCUCCGUGCCUGAGGCCGAGGUGUCCAUGGCAACGGUCAUCUCGGACACAGCGGACAUCAGCUCCCGGGCCGUGACCUCGACCACCAUACGGCUGGACCUUCACCGCUACAUCGAGAGGCGACCGUACAUCCGUGGAAUCCGCCUGACCUACCGGAACCUCUCGGGGCCCGACCGCCGGCCGAUCGACCUGAGCGUUCCCGCCAACUACCCGGAGUACACCCUCAGAGGCCUGAAGCCAAACUCCACGUACGCCGUGUGCGCCAGGCCUCUGGGCACCCCUAUCGGUAUGGACAGUUCCUGCACUGAGGCCCGCACGGUGGGCCAGCAUCAGAGCACCGUGGGGGCCCGCGUAGAGGACAAGCGGUUGACCACCAUGCUAGUGCCGGCCCUGGCCAUCUUGUUUUCACUGGUGCUGAUAGCAGCGGCCGUGGGGCUCGUUUGCUACCUCCGCAAAAGAAGGGGCAAAGGCCACCUGAACCACCUGGACUGCGAGCCCUCCCAGCUGGAACUGGAGGGCGUGCGGACCAGCCUAGACAAUGGGGAGCUGCCUAAGAAGCAGCCCGAGGCCUUGAGUCCCGAGCCUGCCGUUCAGAACGGUAACCUGGAGUAUGAGGAGCUGCUGCUCCAGGAUCACUGCACCUCGAACAACAAUAUGUGCACGCACAAGCCCAGCUACUUCUGACAGCUCGGACUGCACUGCACUGGGGAGACUGACUGGGGGCGUUCUGUUGUGGUGUGCUGGCGGCGUCUUGGCAACUGCUCUGGGCGAUAGCAGUGGCAGUGGGCGGGACCGGCCAUCCAGGAACAGAGAUGCGGAAGAUUAAAGACGUUGUAAAUAUAAAGUGUUUGUCUAACUGGACAAUAAACAAAGAGAUUGGAGAUAAUAAAAAAAGGGAUAUUCCCUUAAAUAUGAUGUAGCUGACUUCUGCAGUUUCCUACCAGAUGGACAACCCCCUCAGAUUGAGGGCUAUAGAUUGAAAUUGAGGGUUAAAUUAUGCCAGAGGUGGGUCCCUAUUAGUAGUAAAGAGGUGUGCACUGAUAUUGGGCUGUGCUGCCAUUUCCCAGUUGUAACAACUGAUCUAAACCCCGUUAAUAUGAUGGGUUGUAUUUUUGCUAUGUUGAAGCACCCUCAGCACUACCUUAAAGGAGUCGUGCUUGCUGUGAAUGACCUCUUUUGUCACCAAAUGAAGCGUUGUCGAAGACGGCUCCACCGCGCAUUGCUCUCUUGUAUAGCUUCCUUCGGCUCUACUGCUUUUGUACAAAUACAAUUUCUAAUGUUAUUUUUUUUAUAAGUGUCUGUGUUGUUUUUUUCUCUCUUGUUAAAACAAUGUGACUGUGCAGCCUUCCACCCCUAUCUCUUGUGACUCACCGACAGACAAAACAUCAGAUUAAAAUCUUUGAAGAUUAAAAAUGCAUUUUGUACCAACAGAGUCAAUCAAAGGGCUUUGCCUGCAGAAUGUCAGACGGUCUAAGUAGCUGUUAAGUCCGGCCUGACUCAAGGCUAAGUCCCCUUCCUCAUUCUUCAGCACUCACCCUCCCUUUCCUCCAUUGAGAAGAUUCCAAACGUUACAAAGGGAAACUCAUCCCCGUAUUUAGUUUCAACUGUGAUGCAUACCAAAAUGUAACUAUACCAGAAAGCUGAGAACGGAGAGAUAACGUCCGAUACUGUAUUGUUGAUUCAUGCUACAAGGCACCCGAAUUAUACUGCUCACAACUCACACAGAACAGAUAGUGUGUUUGUGUGUACUUUCAUUCCCUGGGGUACGACAUUUGCUUCUGUGGCAUAUUGCCUAACACCAUAAAAAGUUGGUUUUAGUCUCGCUCAUUUUAAAACGGCUCCAGCUCCAGAUGUAGCGUGGUAACUCCAUAGUGUUGUGCUCUUAAUUUAAUCAUUCUGAGGCGAGUCGGAGACCUCAAAAACAUGGUGACCCAGACACACUGGGAUGUCAAACCGUUUAGGAUUAACAAAGAGGUUCACGCUCUCUAUGGUGGCAAGCUUGCUUGCUUGCCUGUGUGUGUGUGUGUGUGUGUGUGUGUGUGUGUGUGUGCGUGUGCGUGUGCGUGUGUGUGUGUGUGUGCGUGUAGGUGAGUGUGUGUGAGGUCUGUCAACAAACUGUGAUAAUGCAGGAGCUUGUCCAGUCACGUCUUUAAGAGACGCGCAGACAUAAAGUUACCACUAGAUAUGUGUCUCUCAGUGUCACUCAUGAGAGAGCACACUGAAUACCUGCACACACAAUACGAUGUGUAUGUGCCGGAAUGUAGACACACCACACUGCAGUUUUUCCUUGGAUUCAAUCACAACCAAAUGGCCAAAAAAAACAAAACAUCAAACUGGAAUAUUUGUCCGCUAAUUAGUUUACAUUGAAAACCACGCACAGUAUUUUCAAUGGGAUCGUUAAUUUUCCCUGUUUACUUUGGGAAGCUCUUACUUGUAAAGCUCUGUUGUUGCCUUUUUGUAUACAGUGAACAUAUUUGUAAAAGUGGAAAAUAUUGAUAUGUAAAAUAAAAUAAAAAGAUUAUACAUAAAAAUGAA